AGCGCUCUGCUAGCAUGGCGCUGCUCUCUGCCGUCGCAGUCCCGUUGUUCUUCCCGUGCACCCUCCUCUGCUGGAGUAUCUGACAGAAGUGCACGCGUACUACACCUGUGCACACCUGGUGGAGGCAGCUGAGCAUCCGGGUAUUUGUGCGGAGCACUCUAAGGCAGCUUGUUAAAGCAGGAAGUGGAAACAUUGGGAGACACGAGAGGAGGAGGAGGAGCCCCGCCCGGACAGAGCUGAUGCAGAUGCCAUGGCCACAGCCGAGGUAUGGGAGUGACGUGACAGCGAACUGGUCCUGCUUCCAAACACGAAUCAUGUCUCUUCUGCUGAAGUAGUGGCGGAGCACGCGAGAGAAUGGACGAGUCAGUGCUGCUGGAUUUGCUCGAGUGCCCCGUUUGUCUGGAGCGCCUGGAUGCCACGGCGAAGGUCCUCCCAUGUCAGCACACCUUCUGCCGCCGGUGUCUCCAAAGCAUCCUGGGCUCCCGCGGAGAGCUUCGCUGCCCGGAGUGCCGGACGCUGGUAGAAUGCGCCGUGGACGAACUCCCCAGCAACAUCCUUCUUGUGCGCCUGUUGGAUGGCAUCAAGCAGAGGCCUCGCAGGGCCGGACCCGGGCCGGGAGUCUGCACCAACGGGACCUCAGGAGCCGUGGCCAGAGCGCACGGCGGCGGAGCCAGAGAACCGGGCGCCCCGGGACCACAACCCCAGCGGGCUCAGGCUAAGAGCACCCUUGUGCGGGGUGUACCCCAGCUCCCCUGCGCCAAAGCGCUCUACAACUACGACGGCAAGGAACCGGGCGACCUCAAGUUCAUCAAGGGCGACGUCAUCAUCCUGCGUCGGCAAGUGGACGAGAACUGGUACCACGGCGAGAUGGCCGGCGUCCACGGCUUCUUCCCCACCAACUUCGUCCAGGUCAUCAAGCCGCUGCCGCAGCCGCCGCCUCAGUGCAAAGCCCUGUACGACUUUGAGCUCAAGGACAAGGAGGCCGACAAGGACUGUCUGCCGUUCUCCAAGGAUGAUAUCCUGACCGUGAUCCGCAGAGUGGACGAGAACUGGGCAGAGGGAAUGCUGGGAGACAAAAUUGGAAUUUUCCCCAUCUCAUAUGUAGAGUUCAACUCGGCAGCUCGGCAGCUGAUAGAGUUGGACAAGCCGUCGGACUCCGGCGGAGACUCCGGUGAGGGGGCGUCCUCGGGGCCCCAGAGCAACGGCGCCCAGCGUGCAGGGGAGAAGAAGAACAGCAAGAAGAGACAUUCCUUCACCUCCCUCACCAUGUCCCACAAACCCAUGCUAGCUCCGCCCCCUCAGCGCCACUCCAUGGAGAUCAGUGGGCCCGUCCUCAUCAGCUCCAGCAACCCCACGGCAGCCGCACGCAUCGGGGAGCUCAGCGGGGGGCUUUCCUGCAGCGCGCCGUCACAGGUACACAUUUGCACAACUGGACUAAUCGUGACCCCGCCCCCUAGUAGUCCUGUUACCACAGCAACGGUCUUCACGUUUCCCUCGGAGACGAGCUACACAUCCAUCUCUGUGGAUGCUCUCCCGCCUCCCCCUCCUCCUCCCCCGCAGUCCUCCGCCGAUGGAGCAGCGUACUCGUUGGCCGCUGGACAGAGACCCUCCCCCAGCAUAAGCGACCAAAGUGGGAGACAAAGACCCACAGUCUACGUGGCCAUGUUCCCCUACACGCCCCGUAAGGAGGACGAGCUGGAGCUGAGGAAGGGCGAGAUGUUCCUGGUGCUGGAGCGCUGUCAGGACGGCUGGUUCAAGGGCACCUCCAUGCACACGGGCAAGAUCGGCGUCUUCCCCGGCAACUACAUGAGCCCCGUCAGCAGGACGGCGUCGGGUAGCACUCAGCCCAAAGUACCCAUGAGUCUGUGCACUCAGGCCGGCCGAGGGGUCACCAUCGUCAGCCCCUCCUCUGCAGCCCUCGGGGUCAUCGUUCCGGGUCCCGAUUUCAACAAGCCGCUCGCCGUGUGCUCCAACGCCGUUCCUGGCAACUCCCUACCCGCAGCCGUGGUGACGGCGGCUCAGACGGCCACGGGUCAACAGCCCAAAGUCCCUCUGCACGUCGGCUCCCAGAUGACCGUGAAUCAGGCUCGCAACGCCGUCAGGACGGCUGCAUGUCACAGUCAGGACCGGCCCACAGCUGCCGUGACUCCCCUCCAGACUGCUACACCCGUGGCGUACCUGCCUCACCUCGCCGUUUGCCCUCAGCCUUCCUCCGGUCCGGCCCAGUGCUGCUCCCGGGCCGGAGCGGCGAUGGGCUGCGCCGCCGCGUCUCUGACUCCACCCAACGUCAGCGCCGCAUCCCUGGAGGGUGACGCUCUGAGACCCGUGACUGUCCUCACCGUCAACCCGACUUCCAACAGCACGGCUCUCAACUGCCGACAGGACAAGAGAGAAAAGAAGAGUCUCCUGAAGCUGUUGUCCUCCAACAAGAAGAAGUCUCGUCCGUCUCCUCCCUCCUCUCCCACCCUGGAGGCGGAACAAGCUGCUGCUGCAGAGGCGCUCCACGGCGCCGUCGGCCCCGACACCUCCCCUCCCUCCGGCUCCAGCGGCGGUGUCGGAGGCCUCGAGCCCGAACCUUCUGCUGCUUUAUCUUCUGCCUUCUCGUCUUCCUCGGUACCAGAAUCCUCUCACCGGAAGAGCAGCCCCCUCGAUGGAUGCGCACCCAUCGCUCCUCCUCCUCGCCAGCCGUGCUCCUCUCUCUUAUCUCAGCAGCACGACGCACGGCCCAUCAUCUGUGAGCGGUACAGAGUGGUGGUGUCGUAUCCCCCCCAGAGCGAGGCGGAGCUGGAACUGAAGGAGGGCGACAUUGUGUUCGUCCACAGGAAGAGAGAGGACGGCUGGUUCAAAGGCACGCUGCAGAGGAACGGCAGGACCGGACUGUUCCCCGGCAGCUUUGUGGACAGCAUCUAACACACACACACACACAUAAACAUGAACACUACGGUGAGCCAACAUGGUCGCUGGCCUCGCUGCGGUGCGACGCCGUGCAAAAACCAAAACGGAUCAGCGCUCGCGAGGUUUGCCGGUUUGACCGAAACCUUCAUAUCGACACUUUAACUCCUUCAGAGAACGAACGCUGUCGGCACAUGAGAGAGAGAGAGAGAGAGCUGCAGAGAAGAGCAGAACAUGUUGUCAUUGUAAGCACAGUGGACAGAGUGAGAUACGGAAGCCCUGAACGGCCACAUUCAAACAUUGUUUUUAAUAUCUUCAUCUUGAUAUUAGAGUUAGUUAUUUGUUGUUAUCACGAGAAAACAAAAGGUUGAAUGUUUGGGUCCAACAAUCCGACAGUGAAUGUAUUCAAACGGCACAGAUCCAGCUGAUGGAGAUGGACUUAGUGGAGUUAGUGGAGAGAUGUACAUGUGUGAAAACAUCCGAUUUUCAAAAUAAGGUGUUAACAAGUACAUAUAAGAUUAAAUGGAUUAUAUUCUGAAUAAGUAUAUAAAAUAUUGCCUGUGUUGCUUAUAGAUUACAAAGAGAAUACCACUAAAUUGUGAGGGAAAUAUCUUUAUUUUGUUAUUUUUGUGUUGCUGGAAAAAAAAGAAUAAUAAUCUCUGACUACAUACAGUCAAUUAUGACAGUCUCCAAAGUAAAAGUCCCACAUUUCUAGCAUGAAAUAGCUACAUUUGUGAACUUGAAGUGCUAUAAAAACACACAUUGCUCCAUAGCUGCUUCUCAUUUCAGGACAUGUCUGACUAUAAACAUACUGAAAAGACUUCAGAUCUGAAAAGAAAUGUGGCUAUUGCACGGUAGAAAUGUUGGACUUUUACUUUGGAAAAUCUCUAAUUUGAUUUCAUUCUUGAUUUCAGAGAUGACUUCAGCUCAAAUGCAUCAGUCAUUGUCAGGAAUUAUUCCUUUUCCUUUUAUUAGAGACAAAGGAAACGUGCUUGUAAAUAUCAUCCAUUUAAUCCUAUUUCCAUUUAUGUAUUUUGUUAACAUCUUAUUUUGAAAACAGGAUGUAGUCACACAUGUAUAUCGCUGUCAGUUCAUCUGGGCCGUUUAAAUCACUUGCAGUCGUAUUGAUUUGACCCAAACACUUAAAGUAAUAACAGGAAACAACCUUUGUAUUUUCUAGAGAAAUUAAUUAAUCAUCCCAAGAUAACUGUAUUAAAAUAAAUGUUUGAAUUAUGUACCUUCAGGGCUUCCGUAGUCAGCGGAGAGCACACUACUCAUGAACUUUUUUCCUUUUUUUUUUGUUGGUUAUUUAUAUCUUUGUAACAAUUCAGCUGUUUUAAUUGUGUGCCUUGUACUGUUCCUCACUUUAUUGUACAUAAAAGGACACAAAGAUGAUUAGUCCUAAAAACAAACCAGUAUGAGCUGUUGAUAUAGAUAUGUUACACAUUUUAACUUAUUCCAUAGAUCAACACAUGAAGCUGGCAGGAGCCUUAUUCAAUCACAUCAGUUACACUUUUUUUUUUUCCUCCGAUCCGACUGCUGUUUUAUCAUUAAAUCAAAGCAGAAGAGAGCCGGUCCUUCAGAUGCACCGGGGUCAGAACAAAUGAGGAAAAUAUUUCUCCAUUUCUAAAGGCAUUGACUCAACCUGAGGAUCAUAACAAAGAGCCGCCGGAUGCACAUCUAAAAUAUUCCCGUGGGGCGUUCACUGACCUCCAGUUGUUUUAUUUCCUCUGGUGUUGCAAAGUGAAAUGUUACCUGCAGCGAUCAAAUAUGUGCAUGUGAUUAGCGAAGCCUCCUGCUGGAGACAGAGUGGUGUCAGAUGUGUUCGUUAAUGCCUUCUUUUUUUUUUUAAACACUCCAAGACGGACGUUGCAGUCAGAAAUAUUCGCUUACUUUGUACUUUUCUUUGUAUUUACAGACCAGAGUAGCUCCUCUCAGACGUAGCUCUCCAGCACAAGAGCGACAUAACACUGCACACACAACAGAUUAUUAUCAGUGUAUAUUUAAGUUUUUCUACACUAAAAACUCAUUCCCAAUGUGACUUAAGGUAACAAAAACACAGCUAGCUAAAGCACAGAGUGUUUGCCUGAAGUCACACAUCAUCGUACGAGUCCACAGGAAGAGACGAGUAAUUCUGUCGCAUCUGGAAAGCUUUUUAUUGAAAUCUCUUUGAACCUCCCUUUUGGUUUUUCUUUAUUUUUGAGUUUUUGUUUUUUUGUUGUACAUCUAUAAAAACGUUCUUAAAGUUGGGUAUCGUAUUGACUUGAAUUACUGUAAGAGUUCUGUGUUGAUUUGAGGGGACUUGUUGGUGCUUGUGGACAUAAAACAAAAGAAACAGGCAGUUUUAGAAUUAAAAAAAGACCGGUUUUCUUUCAUCGGAAUUCCUUCAAAAUAAAGGUAUUGUUAGGUAUAGACAUUACAGCCUCCUGCCUCAGUGGACCCCACGACAUUUCAUGUAAUGUGACUCAUUGAUCUUCAACUCUUGUGAGGUAUUUAAACACUUUAAAGUCGAGGCAAUCACUGAAUCGUGCCAAAUGUGGCUUGAGAAUGAAUUUAAUGGCUGAAUUGGACUUUUUUUUUUAUUUUCUUGUAGUCUUUUGUUGUUAAUCGAGGGGGACCACUGUGUAACUGACUGCUGGAAUAUGUUGUAGUUUGUUUGAAAAUUUGGAGUGUGUUGAAAAAGGAUGGUACAAAUCACUGUUAGGGCCUUUUUUUUUUAUUAUUAUUAUUAUUUUUGUCUUUCUGAAUUUAUGUAGAAUUAAUCUGACGUUGUCUUGGCAAUCACCGCGCCGACCUCCGGCUCUGAGCACUGGUUCCUCUGGGUGUCUUUUUCAUUUCACUGGUAAGCCUUUAAUAUUCACGUUACGCCGACGCAUCUAACCGAACUGACUUCUCAUCUGUUUGUUCAUGAAAAGGCUGCACAGAUCUCAAAACAUGAAGCAUUUCUUAACAGUUAAUAAACUAUACUUUACAUUUAUUGGAACACGUGGCAACUUCAGUUUGCUUGUUUCAAUUUAACAGAUUUUUCCUCAUGCCAAGGUGACUUACUUGAUUUUUUUUAUUUGAUUUUUUUUGGUCUGUAGUUAGUUUGUUGUAUGUCUGAAAAAUGGUGAAACUGAAAUUUGGCACAAAUCUAUUAUGUGAAAAACAUUCUGAAGUAUUUGAGGGAAUAGCACAUUUUGUAAAAAAAAAUCUCUAUAACAAUAAAAGCUAAUGGUUUCCAUAAGUUUUCUUCUGGUAAAGUCGAUUUUUAUUAUUAUGGAAGAGAAUCAGGGGAACAAAU